AUGUCUCCUUCUAAGGAGCGCGCCGUGAGUCGCUGGGUGGAAGAUUCACUAUGCGAGUUAGAAGGUGGUGAGCUGGGGGAUGGUAUAGAUUCCCCGGGAAAGGAUUCGUCUUCUUCGUCCUCCCGCCGCCGCGCGUCCGGCACGCGGCGCGACGAGUACGGCGCGGACGGGGAUUACGACGAGCGAUCGAGCGGCAGCGGAAGGCGCGUGAAUCCGCGCGAGCGAGACGGGGGAGGGGGGUAUGAAGGCUCCCCGCGCACGCCCCCCCCGCGGUCGGCGUCCCGCGGCGGGGGGCGGAACGCGGACGAGGCGGUCACUCCGGGGAGGUCCCACCUCAGGCCGGUGGAUUCCGCUGGCCGCCCGCCCUCCCGCGGAGGGCCGGGGAGCCUUGAUCCGUCGCUGAGCGGGCGCGCGCGGAGCUUCGGGCGGCGCAGCUCGGCGGAAGGCGGAGCGGAAUUGCGCCCGCGCACGCCGUCCGGAGCGGAGCUGCUCGCGCGGCCGGGGACGGCGGAGGGGAGGCGCCCGCGGACGGCGGACGUGAACUCCGCGUAUGGGCGCCCGGGCGUCCCGCGGAGCAUGUCCACCGCGGAAGCCGCACUGGCAGGGCCGGGGGGGUCCCUGAAGGAGCGCGACCGGGGGGGGGAUGGCGGAAGGAUGCGCACAGUCCCCCGCUCCGCCUCCGAAGUUAUGCCUGAGGACCUGGGCGGAGGCGGAGGGGGCGGGGGCGGCGCGCGCAGGGCACCUCUGAGAUCCCCCAGUGGUAGUCUGCGGUCUAACUCGGUAUCUAAAGACUAUGAGGAUGAACGGGGCUGGAGCGGGGGCGGCGGGGGACAUGGGAGCCAGGACCGUCCGUAUACCUCGCAUGGGUGUGUGGAGUAUUGGGGGAGGGGGACAUGGGGAGGGGGAGAGGGGAAGAGAGACAGGAGGGGGGAGGUGGAGGAAGGGGUGGGGGGAGAGGAGAGGGGAAGGGAGACAGGGAGAAGGGGAGAGGGGCAGGGGGAUAAGAGGGGGGGGGGGGGGGGGGAGGAGGGGAAGGCGGAGAGUGGAAGGAGGACAGGGAGAGGGGGAGAUGGGGAGGGUAAGAGAAGGAGGGGAAGAGGCGGAGGAGAGGGAUGGGGUAUACAAGGUGGUAAAGUGCUUGCUGCAGUUGAGGGGCUUAUUUCGUGCCAGCAGCAGGACAUAGAGGACGGGCGAAAGGAGGUAGCGUGCCAGCAGGACAUAGAGGACGUGCGAAGGGAGGUGGCGGUGAUGGAGAUGCUCAAGGGGCAUCCCAGCAUUGUCAAUCUACGCAACGCCUUUGAGGACGCACAGGACGUGCAUCUGAUCAUGGAGCUCUGCGAGGGUGGAGAGCUCUUCGAUCGCAUCAAGCUGCGGGGAAAGUUCCCGGAAGGCGACGCGGCGCGGGUGAUUCGCACGGUGGUGCUGGUGCUGCGGCACUGCCACGGGGCGGGCAUCAUGCACCGCGACUUAAAGCCCGAGAACAUCCUUCUCGUGUCGAACCAGAGCGAUACCGAUCUGAAAGUCAUUGACUGGGGUGUGGCUACCUUCUUCCAGAAAGGCAAGCCGUGCACGGACAUGGCAGGCAGCCCCUACUACCUCGCCCCAGAAGUUUUAGCCGAGAAGUACGGCCCAGAAGCGGACAUCUGGAGUGCGGGGGUGGUGCUUUACAUCCUGCUGUGCGGCCUGCCGCCCUUCUGGGGCACCACCAACGACGCCAUCUUUGAGGCCAUCAAGCAGGCGACGCUGAACCUCGUGAGGCCUCCGUGGCCGUCGAUCUCGGACGAGGCCAAGGAUCUUGUGGUCAGGAUGCUCACGCGGAACCCCAAGAAGCGGAUCACCGCGGAAGAGAUUCUCGAUCACCCGUGGAUUCGCGCCAACACCAGCUGA